AUGGUUGAACUUUGUUUGCAAAUAUUUGAAAUUCUUAUGCUGGGAGAUGAGAUUGGGAAAGGAGCUUAUGGUCGAGUUUACAAAGGUUUGGACCUGGAGAAUGGAGAUUUUGUUGCCAUUAAACAAGUUUCUUUGGAGAAUAUUGCUCAGGAAGAUCUCAACAUCAUCAUGUGUGUUCCUCUACCUUAUACUAGCAUGCCUCCGAUUUUGGAGUACACAUGCUUCAAAGCAUAUGUCCUGAUGGUCCCUUUGGGUGAGGUUGACUUUGGUCUAGUUGAAAAUGAGAGUGAUGAUCAAGGGGUUGCAUUGUUGGGGGGUAGGUUGAGAGAUUACUUUCUUUUACUUGCUCUUUUGAACCGAAUUGCGUGGCUGUACGAGUUAAAAUAUGAGAUCAGUGUGAUUUUCUCGCAGGCUUUAAGCUUCAUUGGCAUACCAUGUCACUGUGGGUUGCAAGAGGGAAUCAAUCCUGCAGAUUCAGCUACAAAACAGAAUUUGCCCCUCUCUCGUGAAGGUAAUUAUGAUGAAGUGAAUUCCCAAUCUCUUCAUGUUUGUCCUGGCUGUGGGGUUUACAUGCAAGAUUCAAACCCUAAACACCCUGGUUAUUUUAUCAAACCCUCCGAGAAGGACCUCAAUUAUAGACUGUAUAACAAUCUUGAACCCGUUGCGCAAGAGCCUGAGUUCUCUAACUCUGUUAAAAGAGGAUUUGUCAUUGAACCAGAAAAGCUUAAUGAUGAUGAUGUAGACUUGAUUAAGAAACCAGAGAAGCUUGUAGUCUGUGCACGCUGUCAUUCGUUAAGGCACUAUGGGAAGGUGAAAGAUCCAACUUUGGAAAACUUGCUACCUGAUUUUGACUUUGAUCACACUGUGGGUAAGAAGUUGGCAUCGACAGGUGGGAGUCGGUCUGUGGUGCUCAUGGUUGUGGAUGUAGUGGAUUUUGAUGGGUCGUUUCCAAGGAAGGUUGCAAAGUUGGUUUCUAAGACAAUUGAGGACCAUUCUGCUGCAUGGAAGCAGGGCAAAUCAGGGAAUGUGCCUAGAGUGGUGCUUGUGGUGACAAAAAUAGACUUAUUGCCUAGCUCAUUGUCACCAACAACGUUGGAGCAUUGGAUUAGGCAGAGAGCAAGGGAUGGUGGGAUUAAUAAGAUUACUAGUUUGCACAUGGUGAGUGCACUGAGGGAUUGGGGACUGAAGAAUCUUGUGGAUAAUGUAGUUGAUUUGGCUGGACCUAGAGGGAAGGUGUGGGCUGUUGGAGCACAGAAUGCAGGGAAGAGUACUCUAAUAAACUCUAUAGGGAAGUAUGCCAGAGGGAAGAUAACACAUCUGACUGAAGCACCUGUCCCAGGGACUACACUAGGCAUUGUUAGAGUGGAGGGUGUUCUUCCAAGUCAAGCAAAACUGUUUGAUACACCGGGCCUUCUUCAUCCUUACCAGAUUACAACAAGGUUGAUGAGGGAAGAGCAAAAGCUUGUUCAUAUAGGAAAGGAAUUGAAACCAAGGACAUACAGAAUUAUGGCUGGCCAUUCAGUUCACGUAGCUGGUCUAAUGAGAUUGGAUAUAGAAGAAACAUCUCUGGAUUCUGUUUAUGUCACAGUGUGGGCUUCCCCUUAUCUUCCACUGCAUAUGGGUAAAAAGGAAAAUGCGUGUAAGUUGUUCCAAGAUCAUUUUGGCCACCAGUUACAGCCACCAAUUGGAGAAAAACGAGUUCAAGAACUGGGGAAUUGGGUGAGAAUGGAAUUCCAUGUUAGUGGGAACAGUUGGGAGUCAAGUUCAGUAGACAUUGCUGCUGCUGGCCUCGGUUGGUUUGCCAUUGGACUUAAAGGAGAUGCAGUAUUAGGUGUUUGGACUUAUGAAGGAGUUGAUGUCGUUCUUCGCAAUUCUUUAAUACCCUAUAGAUCACAUACUUUUGAAGUUGCAGGAUUUACAGUAUCCAAGAUUGUCUCCCACUCCGACCAAACUUUAAACAAGUCAAAGCAAAAUGACAAAAAGCCAAAGGGAAUUGCCGAUUCAAAAGUGUCAAAGCAGUUUUGUUGA